UGUUGCCUCACUAUUUAAAAGUGUAAAUGUUUGUAAAAACAUUUUAAAUUCUACUUCACAAAGGCAGCACAUGAUCCUCAGGACUCUGGCUGCAGAAUUUUGAAGAGUUUCAGAGCAUUUUUAGCAUUGUCCAAUAAUAAGGACAUGAAGUAGGUUGUUAAUAUUUAGAUGGAAAUUCUGGACAGUCCUGUCACUUUGUGUUGUUCUAGUUUCCUCCAUCUUCUAAAAUCAGCUGCUGCAGCCUAUGCGGUUUCAGGGAGCAUUUAAAUAGUCUUCUCUUAUUAGUCUUAUCACAAGAAGAAGAAAUCCAAACUUCUGAAACUGAAGUCUCUGAGUCUGUCAUCGAACUUCAGACAUGGCCUCUCAUACACAAAAUGCCAAGUGACGUCACCGUGGGGCGGGCCAAUGACAGCUUCAAGGACGAUGGGAUUGUUAUUCCGCUAGUUUUCAGGAAGCUGUGCUGCUACUUUGCGUUAUUUUAUUCAAACUGCGAAGGAAACGCGUAAUUCAAUACACAGCCUUCAACAAAUUUAACACAAAGGCUCAAUGUAAAAAAAAAAUAGAUUAAAGACGAGUACAGCAAUAACCUAUUUUAAAUAACUUUUCAUCACAUCGGAGUGUUCAAGUUUACGAGGGGACUUGAAAGCAACACAAGGAUCAAGCUUGAGAAGAGUAAAACUCGCAGCAACCGAAAAGAAACACCGCAAUCAACAAGUUUGUUUGCUCUUCUGUGAACUACUGCGAUGCGCGCAAAUGUGUUGAGGAGACGUGUAGUUGGUAGUCAGCCACUUUUGUCAUAAAUAUGCCGUAGAGCGGUCUCGGCUCCGUCAGAGUUCUGCUUAUUCGAAUGGAAUUGGAAGUGUGUAAGAAAGCUUAGUUUUAUUAUUAGGACCGCUCGUUUUGGCGGUUCCUUCUUCACGCCAAUGUCGGCCCUAAACUGCUGCGAGGAGCUGGACUUCAGGCUGAUGUUUGAGGAAGACGGCAGGCAGGCAGCAGCUCCAGAUCUGAGCGGGAAAACUCCUCCAGCGUCUACACAGGGUCUGGCUGAGCAGCUGCAGGGCUACCCCCCAUGUUUACCUGCAGGAGCAGGCUACCAUUAUGCUGGCUAUCAAGCCCAGGACCCAUGUCAUGGCCUUCAGGGGACCCCCAGAGCCUUCGACUGCCCCAGCAUACAGAUCACCUCCAUUACUCAUAGCAAUCCUGUGGAAUCUGCCCCUAGCCAAGAGCUUUUUACAAUGGGAGGAGCAGAUGGGGGGUACACUGAGCCAUCCUGGUCAAGAGGUCAGCUGUACCUGCCUCUGGACCCCUGCUAUCGCGACACAACGCUCUGCCCAAGUCCCUGCAGCAGCCUCUCCUCCAAGAGCUGGAUGUCAGACUUGUCCUCCUGUGAGUCCUUCUCGCACAUUUCCGACGACGGGGAGGGGGACCUGAGGGAUGCUGCUCUUCUGGCUAUUGGCUCUCCAGCCGGGUCACCUCUGGGGUCGCCGGGCUGUGGGGGAGGGGCGUUCGGGGUGGAGCUGUGGCAGCAGCAGUACCAGUAUCCUUCAGCCUUCAGCCCAUCACUGUCGCCCCAGCAGUCGCCGAGCCACUCGCCUCGCGCCAGCAUCACAGAGGACAGCUGGCUGAACUGCAGGCCCGGCUCCAGGCCGUCAUCCAGACCCUCCUCCCCGUGCGGGAAGAGACGCCACUCCAGCGCAGACCCCCACACUCGCUCCCCCUCCCCUCAUCACUCAGCCAGCCCCACCCCAGGCACCUCUCCACGGGGCAGUGUGACAGAUGACAUCUGGUUGGGAAGGCCCCCUGCCCUUGGGCCCCCAUUGACGUACGGCUAUCAGGAGCUUGAUGUGCCUUCAAAGACCAGGAGGAAAACAGGAAGCCAGUUUGUCCUCCUGAACAGUCCAGAAGACGCAGCUGCUGAGUCGUACCAAGACUCUCCUGGAGAGGACGUCCGGGAGCAGCAGGGCCUCGCUGAGCUCUUUCUGAAGGUGCCGUCCCACUUCAGCUGGAACAAACCCAAACCUGGAAACCCUCCACUGUUCAGGACCAGGUCCCCCCCUCCUCUGGACUUCCCACUGCCCAGUCACUAUGAGCAGAUGGAGCUGAAGUUGGAGGUCCAGCCCAGGUCUUACCACCGAGCGCAUUAUGAGACGGAGGGCAGCAGAGGAUCCAUUAAAGCAGCUACGGGGGGGCACCCUGUCGUCACCUUAAGUGGAUACCAGGAGCAUCCCGUCAGCCUGCUGCUGUUCAUCGGCACCGCGGACGACCGCCACCUUCGUCCCCAUUCCUUCUACCAGGUCCACCGAGUCACGGGGAAAACCGUCUCCACCGUCUGUCAGGAGAAAGUCCUGGGUGGAACCAAGGUCCUGGAGAUCCCUCUGCUUCCUGAGAAAAGCAUGUCUGCCAGCAUCGACUGCGCUGGGAUCCUCAAGCUGCGUAACGCUGACAUCGAGUUGAAGAAAGGAGAGACGGACGUCGGGCGGAAGAACACGCGGGUGCGUGUGGUGUUCAGGGCCGCCCUGCCGCAGCAGGACGACCGGACGCUGUGGCUGCAGACGGCGUCCAACCCCGUGGAGUGCUCCCAGCGGUCAGGCCAGGAGCUUCCUCAGGUGGACAGCUUCAGUCCUGCCAGCGGCUCUGUGGACGGUGGAGAGGAGCUGCUCAUCGCUGGAGCCAACUUCUCCGCUCAGUCCAGAGUGUUUUUCACCGAAAGGGGGCCUGAUGGAAGAUCCCUGUGGGAGGUGGAGGCUCGACUCCUGCCUGAAAAGUGCAGUGAAUCCGGCAUUGCGGUGGAGAUCCCUCCCUACAGCAAGAGGGCGGCCUGUCCCUUCCAUGUUCAGUUUUAUGUCUCCAAUGGGAAACGGAGGAGGAGCCUCAUGCAGAGCUUCACAUACGUGGCUGCAGUCAGACGUCAGCAUGCUGGGGUCAAAGAGGAGUCCCCCUACGAUCCGGCUGCUCUGCACGCCGCCUGCAUUCAGACGUCCAGCCAGAAUCCAGAUCUUCUGCCGGAUCUGGGAUGUUUUGCUCCUCACGACCUCCUGAUGCAGUGUCGCCUGUCUUCCUCCCCUCGUCUCCAUCAUCUUCCUCCCACUUCCCAUCCGCUGGAGUCUUUUCUGUUUCCUCCGUCAGCCCCUCCUCAGACGUCUGCUCCUUUUCAGACCUCAGCCAUGCCUCCUCCGCUCCUCCCUAUCCCUCCUCCGAUCACCUCGCUUUCCGCCGAGGCCUCCUCUGGCCCCCUGCAACCUGUCCCCCCCCCCCCUCCCCUGGGGAGUCUUACCACCCUACAUUUACCAGUGUAGGAGGCACCUUCAAACCUCCCGCUGGCUGCCAGAAGACCCCCCCGCUUCCCGCCUCUGCAGAUGUGCCGUGCAUCAAGAAGGAGCCUGAGGAGCGGGCGAACCCCAAACCCCUGGGUCUGCAGGAAAUCACGCUGGAUGAUGUGAACGAGAUCAUCGACAGAGACUUUGGCGCCCUGAGCGGCUGUGUGGAGCCCCACCUGUGACCAGAAGGGGCGGAGUCGCACCACCUCCCGAUCCCGCUGAAGGCCGUAGCUUCCUCAGAUGGUUUGUUGGCACGGAGCGGAUCUACAAGUGCCUGCUGUCCCCGCCCCCAGCGCUGGUGACGCCACGCCCCGCCCCUCUUCCCUCGCCCGUCUCAGGAACUUCAACCAAAGAGUCGUCCCGCCGUGAAGUUGGACUGGGAUUGGACGCAAACGCAGCCUUCUACCAGGCACCAAAGUUGCAUAAAAAUGAGAAAAGACCUUUAUUUUUUGGUCAUGUGAUUUUAAAAAACUAUUUUUGAUACACUGGUUCUGGUCCUGUGAAAGUAAAGCUGUUCAGGCUCAUCUUUUCAUGUUUGCUGCUGAGGCAGAUCUGCUGUGACGUGAAGCUAAAAGAUUUCAGUUCUAAGUUCAAAUAAAACAUUUGAAGCUUUGA